AUGUCGACCCCCCAAGAUGCCCCGCCAACGUACGCACAGGCGACCGGCUCCUCCACCACAUCCUCAAGACCUCAAACAUCGCACCUCGAAGUCCCUCAGGAGAAAAAUGGGAUCCCCAUCGAAGCCCGCCGGUCCAUGGAAGACCUCCAACGACCGCUACCCGAGGGCUGGGUCCGCCAAUACGACCCCAAGGAGAAUCACCAAUUCUUCGUGAAUACCAAGGUUGACCCUCCCAAAUCAUACUGGGAGCACCCGCUAGACAUUCCCGAAGUUCUUAGCAGUCUAAGCACAGAAGAACGCGAAAGAUUACAAGACGAAGAGAACCAAAUGAGAAAAUCUGCCACACCCCACUCCGCCGAACUCUCCGCAGACGAAAGCCACCCCAGCGGCGGCCAGAAACCAUUCCCGCCUCUCCCGGAACGACCGUCUACCUCGCAACAACCCGAUACGCAGAAGAAGAGCUUUGGAGAAAAACUGAAGGACAAAGUCACGGGCACCACGCACGAUGAGCGUGUCCAGAAUCGGGCCCAAAGAGAAGCCGAGGAGCGCCAGUAUUAUGAAGCACAUGUCAGAUUCAGGCAGGCCAUGCAACGAGCACAGAUAACGGGUCAACCGCAAUGGUUCGCCAAAGACAGAGACGGCAAGGACAUCUACAUCGAACCUCCCGGUGGCCCGGCCUUUGGCUACAGAGGUUAUGGGCCGAGAGGAUAUGGAGUAAAUCCCUACGCGAGCGGUCCCUACGCGGAUCCCAACGCAAGAUUCAUUCGACCUGGCUAUCCCUACAACCGUCCCUAUGGCCCGACCUAUGGUGGCGGAUACGGACUCCCGGUGGCAGGAGGUCUGUUGGGUGGCCUUUUGCUCGGUGGCUUGUUGUUCUAA